AUGGGAUCAGCAAAAACAAGCUCAUCAGCUAUUUAUGUCACGGUCACCUUCCCAUAUCUGGUCUUGACCAUCUUCUUGAUCAGAUCACUGACUCUGCCUGGGGCCACAGAUGGCUUAAUAUAUCUCUUCACUCCAGAUUGGGAAACUCUUAAGAAUCCUGAUGUCUGGUUGGAUGCUUCUACUCAGAUCUUUUUCUCUUUGUCUUUGGCCUUCGGAGGACUUAUUGCUUUUUCCAGUUAUAAUGUUCAGAAGAAUGAUUGUGAGAGAGAUGCCCUAAUUGUUGGAUUGGUGAACAGUUUCACGUCAAUAUAUGCAUCCAUUCCAAUUUUUGCCAUUCUUGGAUUUAAAGCUAAUGAAAACUUCAAUAAGUGCAGAAAUUGGAACAUACUAAGAUUGACUAAUUCCUUCAACAUUGGGGAUGAGAACAUAACUCUGGAAAACUAUGAUGACUGGUUUAACUAUUUCAACAAUACUGAUCCCUCAGAGGUCGAAAGCCUCAAUCUAAAGACGUGUAACCUACAGACGUUCCUGGAUGAGAGUGCGUCUGGAACCGGACUGGCCUUCAUUGUGUUCACUGAGGCGGUGAUACAUAUGCCGGGCUCUCAGGUGUGGGCGGUGCUCUUCUUCAUCAUGCUCUUCAGCCUGGGCCUGUCCUCCAUGUUUGGGAAUCUAGAGGGGGUCCUUACUCCUCUGCUGGACCUGAGCAUUAUUCCAGCCUGGAUUCCUAAGGAAGUGUUCACAGGGCUAAUUUGCCUCACCUCCUUUACUGUGGCUCUCAUCUUCACGCUGGGCUCUGGAAACUACUGGCUGGGGAUUUUCAACAACUACGUGGGAUCCAUGCCUCUGCUCAUCAUAGCCUUCUUUGAGAUCAUCAGUGUGGUAUACAUCUAUGGAAUAAACAGGUUUAAUGAUGACAUUGAAUGGAUGACAGGUAGGAGGCCCAACAUCUUCUGGCAGGCCACAUGGCGCUUUAUCAGCCCUUUGAUGCUUCUGGUGGUUUUUGUGGCAUACGUUGUAGUCGAGGCUGAAAAGAGACCAACAUAUAACGCCUGGAACCCAGAUUAUGUGAACUUCCCCCUUGCUGACGUUCAGCACUAUCCUGAAUGGGUUUACGCUAUCUGUGUGCUCCUAUCUGUCCUUCCUAUUGUAUCCAUUCCUCUUGUAGCUUUCUACAGAUUCAUGGGCUUCUUGAAGAAGUACAUCAUGAACAGGAACAACCCAAAUCCAUACCAAAAUUAAUCAUUUCACAGAGAAUUGUAAACGAGCUGUUUUAUCUGAUUGGCGGUCAGGACUACCAGUAGCACAUAUUUGUGUGAUGUACUGUAUUGUUAUUUAAUAACGUUUGUGAUUUUUUCAUACCAUUUUCAAUCUUUUGUAUAUUAGGGUAUUACAAGUCUCUAAUUACAUAACAUUAUUGCUAAGAUAACAUAUCGGCAGUCGCAGCUGUAAUUUCAAUGUUUUCGCUAACCUAAAUCAAAAAAUGUUUUUCUUAAUUUACACAACUGUAUUUAUAUUAGUGAAGGAAAUGUA